AUGGCGGCUAAGCCGCGUUCCAGAAUAAUUCUUGGCAUAGCAAUUCUGGCUUUGAUAUGGUGGAGUUUCUUCAGACCCUCGCCGUAUGCCGGUGGCUUCCACCAGGUCACCACCACCACGCCGCUGCCGCCGCUCGACUUCCUAAAGGCGGCCUCAGGCCGCGACUGGAAACACGCCGAGUACUACGCCUCCCAGGCGGCACGGGAGUUUUGCGCCGCGCAUGGAUACUCGGUCUUCACGCCGCGCAGCGUCUCGGGCGAGCGCAGAGUAUACGACCUCAUCAUGGUGAACUCGGAGCUGGACUUUUUGGAGAUUCGGCUCAACGCGUUAUACGACUACGUUGACUACUUUAUCAUUGUGGAAUCGGCCAAGACGUUUCAGGGCGGGAAGAAACCCCUCGUGAUUAAGGACAACUGGGCCAGGUUCCGUCGUUACCACGCCAAGAUGGUUUAUCACGAGUUGACGUUCCCGGCCGGCUUCGACCCGCAUCGUGCGUGGGACUAUGAAGACUUGCAGCGGGACGCCACGUACGAGCAGGUGCUGGUGAAGUUACAAGGGCAAAGGGCUCCGACACAGGGCGAUGUCAUCAUCGUGGCCGACGUCGACGAGAUCCCGCGUCCGCAAUCCCUGCUCGUGCUCCGCUCGUGCAACUACCCCCGGCGCCUCACGCUCGCCUCGAAGUUCUACUACUACUCUUUCCAAUUCCUUCACGCCGGGCCAGAGUGGCCGCACCCUCAGGCGACGUACUACGAGGGGUCACGCACCCUGAAGCCCACCAACCUGCGCAACGGGGACGGCGGCUUCGCCCCCUUCCGCGGCCGAGAAAAGGGCGUGCUGAGCAAUGCGGGGUGGCACUGCAGCAGCUGCUUCGCGACGAUGGAGCAGUUCCUCAACAAGAUUUCCAGCUUCUCCCACGGGUGGAUGAACGCCGAGCAGUACAGGGACAGGGACAGGAUCGCCGCGGCGGUGCGGGAAGGGAGGGAUCUUUGGGAGAGAGACGUGGACACAUUCACCAGAAUCGAGGGGAAUAGGGACAUGCCGCCGCUGGUGCUGGCGGAGCCGGAGCGCUUUGGCUACAUGUCGAAUCGGGACGGACCGUCGGCAGGGUUUACGGAUUAUCCAUGA